AUUCUAACCUCCACGGAUCCAACGGCGUGUUGAACUUACUGAGAAAAUGACGGUGAUUAAUGCCGGCGUUUUCAUUUCCCCGUUGUUUGGAUCUGUGUUGCAUUGCGAUUUUCGAAGGAAGAAAAUAUCGGUCAAUUUCAAGGCUUUAAGUAGAAAUGAGUACUGUGUCAAGAGCUCUGCCGGCUUGAGGAUCAAGUGCGGCGCCGGCACUGAAACUGAUGUUAUUGUUGUGGGUGCGGGUGUAGCUGGAGCCGCGCUGGCCUAUGCGCUAGGCAGGGACGGACGUGAAGUUCAUAUCAUCGAGAGGGAUUUAACAGAGCCGGAUCGCAUUGUUGGUGAGCUGCUACAGCCUGGAGGAUAUUUGAGACUAAUCGAGUUAGGUCUCCAAGAUUGCUUGGAAGACAUAGAUGCUCAACCAGUUUUGGGAUGUGCCUUUUUCAAGGAUGGUAAGGAUGUUAAAAUACCAUAUCCCUUAGAAAAUUUCCCUUCAGAUGUCUCUGGAAGAAGCUUUCACAAUGGCCGCUUCAUACAAAACAUGAGACACAAAGCAUCGACACUUCCCAAUGUAAGGCUUGAACAAGGAGCAGUGACAUCCUUGGUUUCGGAAAAGGGAAUAAUUCGAGGAGUGAGGUACAAGACGAAGAAUGGGGAAGAAAGAACAUCUUUUGCUCCUCUCACUGUUGUUUGUGAUGGAGGCUUUUCCAACUUGAGUAGAUCACUCUGCACUUCCCAGGUAGAGUCGUGUUCCUGGUUCGUGGGUCUGGUCCUGGAGAAUUGCCAACUUCCCUAUGCAAAUUACGGGCAUUAUGUUUUUGCUGAUCUUUCUUCCAUUAUAUGUUUUCCAAUCAGCAGUAGAGAAGUUCGGUGUAUUGUAGAUGUUCCCAGACAAAAAGUUCCUUCAACUGCCAAAGACCAAAUGGCUAUUUAUCUCAAGACAGUUGUGGCUCCUCAGAUUCCUUCUCAGCUAUAUGAAGCAUUCAUAGCAGCUAUCGAUAAACGAAACAUAAGAACGAUGGCCACCAGAAGCAUGCCGGCAAAUCCUCACCCCUCUCCCGGCGCGCUUCUGAUUGGCGACGCUUUCAACAUACGUCACCCUAUAACUGGGGGAGGAAUGACCGUUGCCCUCUCUGACAUUGUUGUCCUCCGCAAUGUUCUCAGAAGCGUGCACGAUUUAAGCGACACACCUACACUUUGCAAGUAUCUCGACUCCUUCUAUAUCCUGAGAAAACCACUGGCAUCGACAAUAAACACACUUGCUGCUGCACUUUACAAGGCGUUCAGCAUAUCGUCUGAUCCAGCAAAGCAAGAAAUGCAGCAGGCUUUGUUCGACUACCUAAGCCUCGGUGGCAUUUUCGCCAAUGGUAUUAUUUCUUUAGUGUCGGGAUUAAAUCCGCGCCCGGUGAGCCUAUUAUUUCUGCAUUUAUUUGCUAUGGGUGUGCAUGGUGUUGGGAGAUUGCUACUUCCCUUUCCUACUCCAGGAAGAGCUUGGUUAGGCGUCAAAUUUCUUUGGGUUGCAGGUGGAAUUAUAUUCCCAAUUAUAAAGGCAGAGGGAGUUAGAGAGAUGUUCUUCCCUGCAACUGUUCCAGCUUACUACAGUCUCAAAAUUCCUUCUAAUUUAUUUAACAGAAACCGUACAAUGUAAUAAGAAUGCAGAGACCAAUUAUUUAUUAUGACAUAUUUAUAUGUUUCUUUGGCUGUAUAGAUAGAAAAUAUUUCUAUACUAUGCUAUAAAAAUUAUUUCGACGGGAAA